UUAUGCUGUUGACAUAAUCGCACGUCAUGCUUGUCCCAGGGAAUAGACGGUGACCGCGCUGGGGCAUUUUAACGUUCCCACCGCUGCACGAUUUCCACUGAUGCCACGAGACACGGGGGCGACGUUUGCCAUUUAAACGGCUCUUUCGUUUGAAUAAUCUUUCAUCGGACGUGAUUAGAGCUCGGCUGCUCUGACGUCAGCCAGAUUGUCCGCGUUAGGUGAGUCUCGCGCAGCUUUCCCUCCUCCUCCUCCCCUCCCUCAUCCUCUAGCGCCCCUCCUGCCUGCUUUCGUGAAAAAAAAAAAAAAGAUACGAUGAAAUCGCUCGCGCUCGCUGCCAUCAUCACCAUCAGCGCCGCCCUGUAGAGCGAGAGAAAAAGAGAGAGAGCGCGCGCUCGAGACCCCCCCUCCCCACCUAACAACAACCCCAACCCCGCAGGCUCGAGCACAACGACCCCACCUCCCACCCCCCCUUCUCAACCCCCUCUGAUAGAGGGGACGGAGCCAGAGACUCACAGUCACGGAGAAAAGACCUUUUCGGGAUCCCGGCUCCGUUUCGCCCUCAAUCCGGGCCUAAUGCUGUAGCAGACCGCGCGGGAGGAGAGCGCGAGCGAGACAACGCAGUGACAGAGAGUCGGCGAGGGACAGGGCGGACCGGGGAGACGACGGGAUUGCUCAUUCGCCUGGAAACAUGGGAUGUACGCUGAGCGCCGAGGAGCGCGCCGCUCUGGACCGGAGCAAGGCCAUCGAGAAAAACCUGAAAGAGGACGGGCUGGUCGCCGCAAAGGACGUCAAACUCCUCCUGCUCGGCGGCGGAGAGUCCGGCAAAAGCACCAUCGUCAAGCAGAUGAAGAUUAUCCAUGAAGAUGGCUUUUCUGGGGAUGAUGUGAAGCAGUACAAGCCUGUGGUCUACAGCAACACCAUCCAGAGCUUGGCAGCCAUCCUUCGAGCCAUGGACUCACUGGGCAUUGAGUUUGGAGACAAGGAUCGAAAAGCCGAUGCUAAGCUGGUUUGUGAUGUGGUCAGUCGUAUGGAGGACACAGAGCCGUACUCUGCAGAGCUCCUCAGCGCUAUGAAGCGUUUAUGGGCUGACGCCGGGACUCAGGAGUGCUUCAACCGUGCUCGAGAAUACCAGCUUAAUGAUUCGGCUAAAUACUAUCUGGACAGUUUAGACCGAAUUGGUGCGGCAGACUACCAGCCCACAGAGCAGGACAUCCUGAGAACCCGUGUGAAGACCACUGGUAUCGUCGAAACCCACUUCACCUUCAAAAACCUCCACUUCAGGCUUUUUGACGUGGGAGGUCAGAGGUCAGAGAGGAAGAAAUGGAUCCACUGCUUUGAAGACGUGACGGCCAUCAUCUUCUGCGUCGCUCUGAGUGGGUAUGACCAGGUGCUCCAUGAAGAUGAAACAACUAACCGCAUGCACGAAUCACUCAUGCUCUUCGAUUCCAUCUGCAACAACAAGUUCUUCAUCGACACCUCCAUCAUCCUCUUCCUCAACAAGAAGGAUCUGUUCGCUGAGAAGAUAAAGAAGUCCCCGCUGACGAUCUGUUUUCCAGAAUACACAGGUGCUAACACUUACGAAGACGCUACUGCAUAUAUUCAGGUUCAGUUUGAGAGUAAGAACCGCUCUCCAAACAAGGAGAUCUACUGUCACCUGACCUGUGCCACAGACACGGGAAACAUCCAGGUAGUGUUUGAUGCCGUCACCGACAUCAUUAUUGCAAACAACCUCAGAGGGUGUGGCUUAUACUGAGGCCUGGCCAAGCACAGAGGUUGUCAUGGAGUGUAUGAGGUGUUAAUAAUGAUAAUUUUGAUGAUACUUAAACACAUAAAUAUGUAAUUCUACACGUCCAAACGGACCCAAAGAGCUGCCGUCAGACACCACACUGGAUUAUUGCCAUGAUUUGUUCCUCUUCCUCUUAUUUUGAUUUCAGUAUAAAAAAACCCGUUUUUGUCUUUUUUUUUUUUCAAAAUGUGUUUUUGAGCUGAAUGUUUGCUGUUUCGUCUAUGACCGUGUCAACAACCGGGAGGGUCAGAAGCGGCGGCACCAGGGGUUUAUUCAGCCGGAGCUUGAAAUGUAAUGCGAGGAGUGUGCUCUUUUUUUUUUUUUGGGUUAAGCACAACGUGGAAUAUUGUCCCCAGAAUUUGUGGGCAUUUUUGUUUUUAAGUGCAAGUCUCAAGGCUCGCGUCUUUGGACUGAAUACAGCCUCUGGUGCGCCGUUUGAAGAGCUGCUGUUGUGUGUGGAGAUGACGACGGGGAUGUCAGGGAGGUGCUGUACUUGUGGCUGAGGGUUAUGGAUGGAAAAGAAGGAGGCUUAUUUAAAGUUUCCUUCAGAUGUGCACAUGACGGAGUAGCCCCCCCAGGCCUGUUCCACUCUCGGUUUUCUCUUUUACUUUAAUCACGAUUAGAAGAGAGGAUCCCUCUGUUCAGAGUGGCUGCCCAUCAGCACUGGCCUCCUGUAGCCUGAGGAAAUACCUAACAGCCAAUGAUAUCUCUUGAAAAAAAUAUCGGUGCCAACCAUCUGAGAACGACAGUUAGGGGAAUAGCAUCAGAAAUCAUAGCUCAUUAUAUCGACUCUAUUAUUUAACCAACAGAUAUAACAUUUUAUUAUCAGUGAAUGAUUUAUUUAUUUAAGCCUCACGCCCUACAUGCCUCCUCCUACCUCCUGAAAUCCCAUGCCACCUUAUUUAUUUCCUGUCACAAAAUAACUGGGGUGCACCGAUUCCCGCCUUCGGUUCAGAGGGUAGAAAUCAGCCCUCCGAUGACAUCUUGUUCUCCGUGUGGUGCGUGACCCUUCGAUGUGAAUCUGUGUAGAAAUAGAAGACUGCACGGGGAGAACAAUUUCAUUUGAGGCAGCCUCUGUCUGGGGAGUCAAGUUUUUCUUCCCCCACUCCCUCCUCCUCCUCACCUCCCCUCUCCUGAUCAGUGAGGAGGGAACCAUUAUCCCACCACUCCCCUCUCCUCUCCUUCUCUCCUCUUUCUUCUGUCAUGUUUCUCUUUUCACAGAGAAGGAAAAAAACAAAACAAAACAAAAAAACCCCCAGCUCUCUAUUUUCACCCAUGCACCCAGAAAUUCAUCUUCCCACCCCUGUAUACUCUCUAGCCAUCACAUAUCAACCCUCAUAUCUCCAUUUUCACCUUAAAAAAAAAAAAAAAAGCACCGUACUGUAUAUAUAUAUUAUGAUUAUACCAGAUUUUUUUUCUUUUUUUUACUGUGAAUGUUUUUGUGCUGCACCCCUCAUCCUAUUCAGUAGUUUAUUGGUUGCUCUCAUGUGGAAUGUUUGUGCUGAGCCAAUCGAAUGUUGUGUUUACAUUAAAGCCACACUUUUCCUAACUA